GUCCUCAGCUCGCUGCGGCCAAUAGUCGGCGUUCCGCGGGUUAGUCAUCGCGUACAAAUUCGCGGCUUGGACGUGUGUACCGCCUCGCACGCAAACUUUUAUAAACAAAACAAUGAAGAAAAUGUGAAUAUUGAGAGUUUCCUUUUCGCGGAAUAAACGUGUGACGACUGAAAUUUUAAUAACAAGAAUGGGAAUCGUAAAUAAGUAAGAUGACUAUUUUACUUCACGAUUAUUGUGAUUUAGAAGAAAGACCUUCAAAACAUCUUAAGGCCUGGAAAGCAUGGCAUUUAAUAUUCUACGCCGCGGCCGGGAUAUUCGGGAUCGUUAACUAUGUGUUCCUACAGAACGCCAUGGCAAUGGUUGGCGACAACUGCGUGCUGUUCCCGCGAGAGCUCGCCUUCCGUGUGCUGGCUGAUAACAGCUCAAUCGUAACCACAUUAGCUCCGACUACUGCUCAACUUGAUAACGAAACUGUUGCUCAAACCGCCGUCCCGGAUAAUGUUACGAAAUCGACGAAUGACGAAGUUACGGAAAACGACAUCGCAACUGACACCGAGGAGCCUCGUAUGGUGCUGGACACGGUAUCGUCGCUGUUCGGGCGGACCAGCGACUGUCAGUUCGCGGAGUACAUGCCGCUGAUGUCCAUGAUGUGCGCCGUCACGUGGGCCACCUUCUUCACCAUGUGCCCCGGCGGGGGACACUCCAGAUCCGGGCUCCAGAAACCUUGGCGUAUUUUGCCGCCGGCUUUUCUGUUUGCACUAGUGAUGGUGGGCCUCACCGGACACAGCUUUACAAGAACUAACGAAGGCCUGGGAACCUUCUGUGCCGCCUUUCACAAUAUUACGAAUACUACCUCGUGCUCCUCGGUCGACGCUCACUUGGCGAGCUCGGCGAAUGUGUCAUGGAGUUUCAGCGGGCGGGUGGCGGGCACGCGCGCCGCCAGCGCCGCCGUGUGGGGAAGCUGGGCCUGCGCCGCCGCCCUCUUCCUCGCCCGAUGCUUGGCCGCCCCAGACUUUAGAGUACGACGAACCAGCGCCUACCUGAAGGAUCCAAACCAGAUAAUAACGCCGUACUUAAAGAAAUCUAAGCGUCGCGUGCCGUCUGCGGGUUCAUCGAUGAGACACGAUAACUACUCGAUAAAAUCCGAGCCGACUGUGACCACGGAGCUGGUGGUAGCUUCCAUAGAGCAAGACAGUAUCACCGCACCACCAUCCCUUGAAGUUUCGCCUUUUAAGAAGCGUCCGGUUGAAGACAUAGAGAUGGCUUCUAAGCCAAAUGGCUUGAAACAACAUUGAUUUUAUGACAAAAUAUAUUCAUGUUUUAC